AUGGACAGCCACAACAACCCGAGACCAACCUCUGGUCUCACGUCUUACAGUCUGCGAUCCCAUAGCUUCUCGAGCGAUCGACCGUCUACUGCCAAUAUCCACAACCUCACCACACCCCCAACAACAGUGUCUCCAGAGCCAGCUUUCAUUGCCGCUUCUGCAGCCGCUCAAAUAGUCACGAAUGACCACGACAGUCACGCUGACGCUUGGUAUGACCAAAACGGCAUCGAGCCCUCGGAUGCGCCUGUUUUUGUUUCAGAAGGAGCUCUAGAGCUAGUAAAUGGCUUCCUAGACCAGCUUCUUUUCAGUUUCCUCCAAGUCUCAAGAUCAACAAGCUUAUCUGCGCUCCGCCCAGCUGUUACCGAAAUCCUGAAGCCCAAACUCGCCAGGGAUACCAUAGCAAAUGCUGACGAGGAGCUUCGUGAGUACCUGGGUGGUGCUGAUGAGGACGACUACGUGCAGCCACAGGGCUCGUCUCGCGGAUGGGAUGUAGAGCUGGUUUGGAAGCGCACACGACUUCGCUGUAUGGUCUACUCGUCUCUCGGUGAUAUGGAGGAGGAAGACGAGGACAUGUAUAUGGAGCAGGAAGAUCUUGAAAUCGGCGUCGACGAGGAGAUUUCAGACGUUAUUUCACCAGCCGUCGCAAUCUUCCUCACUUCUGUGAUGGAAUACAUGGGCGAGCUCACCUUGACGGUAGCUGGCCAAGCAGCCUACCACCGCGUACGCUCUGGUAUUGAAAAAGGCCUCCAGGAUGGCAGCAGACAUCCUGGUGAUAUGGCUGAUCAGAUUAUCGUUGCAGAGACCGAUAUGGAGCGCGUUGCCUUGGAUAGAACGCUGGGCCGUCUCUGGCGUGGCUGGAAGAAGCGACUUCGAAGCCCCAUUCCUGACACCACCCCACGCCCAUUUUCUCAUGCUUCCUCUGUGGACUCGCGCCACGGCAGUUUUACCCGCGACCUUGGUUCGCCGAGGUUACCCACUGUGGAUGCGGACAGUGAGGUCACUAGACCGCACGAGUCUGUAGAAGAGACGAUUGUGGAAGAUGUCCAACCAGCUGAUAUCGCACUACCUCUAGGACCCCGAGACGUCGAUGAAAUCGAGGUUCCUGGUCUUGUCAAUUAUAGCGACGAGGAAUCAGAGGCUGAUGAUAACGAACUCGUACCCACGCGGCCGAGGAGCUUCUAUGCCAAGUUCUCUGAUCUGCUGGAGUUGGCGGCAGCUGGAGACAACUUCGGCUCUGUUGAUCGGUCUGUCCAACCCCGUAAAAGAUCCAAUUCGAUGCCCAAUGCUACUCUGUUACCCUUCCUCUCUGCUGGCGCACAAGAAGAAGUACCUGUGAGGACGCAAGAACCCAACGCUGUGGAGGAUACGACCGAUGACAGUGGUGACGAGGCUGACGAAGAACUCGUUUCCGAUCUGAGUGAUGACGAGGAGCUUCUUGCGGAGAAUCCUAGAGGCUCGGUACCAACUGGGCUUGGCCUGACUACCCCCAGACAUCACAUCACCAAGAAGGCCAGCCAGGAUUCUGUCGCUGAUGACCUGGCCUGGGACUCUGACGGACCCGACGAAGUUGCCACUUUCGAAAAGGCUGAGGUUGUAACCUCGUCUAGGGUCUCUGUUGGCAGCAGCCCGUCCUUGUCGUCGAGUGAGUCGGCAAAGAAAGGCCACAAGCGGAGCACCUCCAGCAUGCACUCUGCUCGGAUUAUCGAUGUCCAGGCUCCGAGGAGCCCAACAUCCUACACUCAAUCAGGAUCUCCGGAUAUCGCUCAGCGUCGUCCUGUAAGCUUGUCCAGUGCCGCAGCUCUUGCUAGCGCAGCAGCAGUAGCUGGCACUACCGGAGCGAUUCUGGCAACCAAGUCUAGCAUCAACUCUAGCCCGAUUGAGAAGGGCACUUCGCUCCCCGCUGUGCCAGCUGCGCGAGGGCAAGUCGACCGUACGAAGCCGAUUGUCCGUAAUGCGACUAUUGUCUCGGAGUCCGAGGAAGAUCCGGGAAAUCAUUUUUCUCUUGAGAAAGGCAGUAUCGAAGCCACAGGCGUGGCUGCUCGCGGGAAUGAAGAGACGCAGGGCAAGAGGAAUCUCAAGUUCCCGAUGAUGCUUGAUGUUGAGAAGGCCACCAGAGAUGCUUUCGGUACUCGCGAGCCUCUGUCACCUAGACUCGUCAACACCUCGUAUGACGGCAAGCCCACGUCCAAUCCGGCGAUGAUUGUAGAGGCUAGAUCACCAGGCCAUUCACCCAGCCCUCGAAAUUUGCACGGCUUUAGGGAUAGCAAAGUAUUGAGCCCUCUCGAGAAAGUUCGCGCCGAAGAGGAGGACGAAGAUUACUCUGGAGGCUUACACUCAGUUGGCCCACCACGAGCCAUUCAUACCUCUGGCUCGUCUGGUUCCUCGAUCACAGGCAAGAUGAAAGUGGUACGAUCGUCUGAGGAGAAUUCUUCUACAGGCCGCUCUGGGAGCGUUGCACGUAAUUUUGAGGAGCUCAUUCAGAGCAAUCAGACUAUCACAUACACGCUCACUCCAGAAAGCAUGCGUCACACGGAUUCUUCAAAACGCUCGCUUGACAGCCCAGUAGUGACAAAGUUUCCCGGCAGGAGUGAAGACUCGCACUCGCCGAAUGUCCCACUAUCAUCGUCGACGGUGAGUGUUUCGCCGUCUACGUUCCGUGGACAAGGACUCGAAAACCAGACUGCGGUAGAGACGAAGCAGCCUGGCCCUGUUCCUCGAGCCCCGACCGGAAUUGCUGUUACCACUGGCAGGAUGAGUGGACCGAAAGCAAGAGAAGCACGGGUACCGAGCGAGACCACCUCCGACUUUGCGCAGUUCAUCAAGUCUACUGGCCCGCCUUCGGAAAGCAAGCAACCACCUGUGCGUAAAUCAAAUGACCGGACGGUACUAUCUGGACCCAUUCCACGCGCGCCCGACUCGGCACGCCGGGCCUCGACCAUAAGCAAUAAGGGCCGUUUCCAGCCUCGCGAUGCCGCUGUUACGAGCAAAAACGAUACACGCGAGCUCAUCGAUUUUAUCCGUCAAGGCCCGCCGAUUGCAGCCAGCAACCACCGCAUUCCCCGCCAUGUUGCCCCGUUUCGAACAACUAUGGAUUCCGAUCAGCUGGCUGGUGUCACUGGCGGUAAAGCUGUGGAUGCAAAUAUCCCUGAUCUUCGCUCCAGCCAAGCGUCUACAAAUUUCACGGAUCACUCUUUGCAUUCUUCUUUGAACUCGAACUCGGCGCUUCUCAAGGGAAGGGGUGGCAGCAGUCAGGUUGCCAGCAUGUUUGGUGAGAAUGAUAUGCCCAUACCGCAGCGCAAGACUCGCCGAGUUCGUGAUCCUUACGCUAUCGAUUUGAGCGACGAGGAAGAAGAGUCACAAGAGGACACGAUGAAAGCGUCAAGAGCACCACCGGCGAAGGCGAAAAGGGAAGAAAGCCUGGCAGAAUUUCUGCGCAACUACGACCCGCCGCCGGAGCCAGCCGCGGUCGUCCACAGAGUGCCCAAAAAGAAAGCGAGUGCCCCCAGUUUGAUUGGCCGCUUCACGCGCAGCAGUAGUGCCAAAGACACGACGUCGAUUAUGUCGGCUGACGGUCGCUCUCCCAACAGUCGCGCGAGCAAUGGCGGCCACAUUCCCAUCCAGAUCAGCAUACCGCCUGGCUACGACAAGUACGGUGCCAUUGAGCCUCAGACAACGGGCCGUCCACGGCUCUCGUCUGUUUCUGGAGCCACUGGCCGUGUGGCCAUGAAGAAGUUUGAGCCUCGCGAACCGGCCGCGGGGACCUACCGGAGUGAGACGUCGGACCUGGCCGAUUUCCUGCGCAGCUCUGGCCCUCCUGGCGACAACAUGGCGCCGGCAGUGCAGCCCAUCCGGUCCGAGGAGUCCAGCAGUGGCCUGGGCAGGAUGUUUGGCCGCCGCAAGAAGACAUCCUCAUGA